AACAGCAGAGUCGGUGCUCUGCUCAACUGUAGUUUCCUCCAGCCAAGUCCGCGCACGAACAGCCAAACACGUUUUCUCAACACGCCCAUUUGACUACCGUUUUCAGCAGCAACACAUCCAAAUCCCAAUCUCCCUCAUGCUCUGCCAUUGCAACAAUCACUGAUCCUCUGCUCCGAUCCCAAUUCACCGCCCAAUUCCACUCCCUCCCACGCACGUUCCACCAUGGGCCAGGACGGCGCCGCGGCAGCCAAGCGAGCCGGAGCACUCCCCACCACCACCAGAGGCCGCGGGCUUGCCGGUCUCCCUCGCGGCCGCCAGAUCCAUAAGACCUUCAACAACAUCAAGAUCACCAUCCUCUGUGGUUUCGUCACCAUCCUCGUCCUCCGCGGCACCAUCGGCGUCGGCAACCUCACUGCCUCCGACGCCGACGCCGUCAACCAGAACCUCAUCGAAGAGACCAACCGCCUCAUCGCCGAGAUCCGGUCCGACGGCGACCCUUCCGACCCCGACGAUCCCAUGGAUUCCAUCAACCCCAAUGUCACGUACACUCUCGGCCCCAAAAUCUCCGAUUGGGACGACCAGCGCAAGCGCUGGCUUGCUAGUAACCCCGAUUUCCCCAAUUUCGUCAACGACAAAGCUCGCAUCCUGCUGGUGAGUGGGUCUCCUCCAAAUCCAUGCGAUAACCCUAUUGGGGAUCACUAUCUUUUGAAGUCUAUUAAGAACAAGAUUGAUUACUGUAGAAUUCAUGGCAUUGAGAUUGUCUAUAACAUGGCUCAUUUGGAUAAGGAGCUUGCCGGGUACUGGGCGAAGCUGCCGCUGAUUAGGCGGCUGAUGCUGAGCCACCCGGAGGUGGAAUGGAUCUGGUGGAUGGAUAGUGAUGCCAUGUUUACGGACAUGGUGUUCGAGAUUCCACUCUCCAAGUAUGAUGGAUACAAUUUGGUUGUUCAUGGUUAUCCUGAUUUGAUGUUCAAUCAGAAAUCUUGGAUUGCUUUGAACACCGGUAGUUUUCUGUUCCGCAAUUGCCAGUGGUCAUUGGACUUGCUUGAUGCUUGGGCUCCCAUGGGUCCUAAGGGACCGAUUAGGGACGAAGCUGGCAGGGUUUUAACAGCUUAUUUGAAGGGGAGGCCAGCAUUUGAGGCCGAUGAUCAGUCUGCGUUGAUCUACUUGUUGCUUUCCAGGAAGGAUGAGUGGAUGGAUAAGGUUUUCUUGGAGAAUUCAUACUAUUUGCAUGGAUACUGGGCAGGAUUGGUGGACCGAUAUGAGGAAAUGAUUGAGAAGUAUCAUCCGGGGUUGGGCGAUGAGAGGUGGCCAUUUGUGACCCAUUUUGUGGGUUGCAAGCCUUGCGGGAGCUAUGGCGAUUAUCCGGUUGAGAGGUGUUUGAGCAGCAUGGAGAGAGCAUUCAAUUUUGCAGAUAACCAGGUGCUUAAGUUAUAUGGGUUUAGGCAUAGGGGCUUGUUGAGUCCUAAGAUCAAGAGGGUCAGGAAUGAGACAACCACUCCUUUGGAAUUUGUAGACCAGUUUGACAUUCGACGUCCAGCGCUAGGGAGCAGUGGAUCAAAAUCAUGAGUAACCCAUUCUUUUUGUUGUUUGAUAUUUUGAAGGCAAUGCAUUGUACUUUUGUCAUAUGAUGCUCAUUUCAAUAGAAUCACGUUUCUGAGACAGCAGCUUUCUUCUUUUGCUUUGCCCUUGUAAAACUGCUCAUGAAAUUUGAGUGCACACAAAAGUGGAGGUCUUUGUCUUAUUGCUUAUUUACAAUUCAUUUGCGCUUGUAUAAUUUAGAAUUAAUACUUCAAUUGUUAAAUGGACAUGCCUUCUUCACUUGGGACUCA